CACAUAUUCAAACAUUUAUAACGUAUACUUCAUGUAGUGUGCAACUCAACACUACAGUUUGUGCCAUGUACUCGAGAUCUGAGAGAAAGUUUCUGGCACCCGAUGCAGAUCAUGCGAAUCCAAACCUAGGACCAGGCUGCUACACAGCUGAUGAGCCAGCCCUCAUCGCAGGAAAGAUCCUUGGAAAUGAAGGUUAUGCGCCGUUCUCUUCCCUCACACCUCGAAAGUCCUAUUUUGAUGAUGUCGUUGUUCGAGGUCCAGCCCCAGGAGCAUAUGCCACCGAAGUACUUCGGUCGGCAUUACACAAUCCUCAAAAAGCACCAGAGUUUGGCAGAUCCCAGGUAUCGAGAUUUGGCAAGAUCGUCAGCCAAACGCCAGGACCUGGGACCUAUCAACCACCAGAUGGUCUGACUCGAAAAGCUCCUCGACCAGCUCCUAAAGGAUUAGAGCAAAGUAGCAGAACACAUCCUUUGACUCGGCAACCAUUAAAGGGCACCGGCUGGGGUGUCGUGGGCGAGAGCCCGCCAGCUCAUUCGAUACCCACCCAAGAGCAAAAUGGGACUCCUGAUGUGCCACCUGACGCUGGAUCCGACGCUCCCCCGCCUGUACCAGAGAGUUUGCAAUCAGCGGAACUGGAUUCCUCCACCCCUGCGGUUAGAGGACGGGUAAUCCUACAGGGACGUCAAUCUGCGCAAACGUCACCAGUCGGAUCAAGCAGCAAAAUUAUGUGGAAACGAAAAUACGGAGCUCCUAGCAUUCCAACCAGCCGAUUUGCGUUUGGAUUUCAGGAGAAUGAAGUUGGAGAACUAAUUCCGCGCAAACCCCCAAAACGAACCUUGGAUCCAGGACCGGCAUAUAAUACCCUAACAUCCUUCGCCGAACUCUCCAAGCACCAACGUCGAGGAUACUCUUUUCCUCACUCAAGCGGGACGUCGCGCCUCCAGUUUAAAACACUGGAAACUCCUGCGCCGGGCGUAUAUGAAAAUGCCAAGGUUCAGCAAUUUUAUAAGAGGGGUGAGUCCGGCAAUUCAGCUGCUGUCAUGACCCUGGCGCCAUGUAUCAGGCUUACGGACGAAAUUCUGAGCGAAUCGAAAAAGAAGAAUAUCCCAGGACCAGGUUCGUACAAUAUCAAAACUCCAAUCCAAGAAAACCUUGGAAAGCGUCGAGGACGCAUAAAUUUUGGUGCUGGAGGAGGGCACGCACAAGCGGGAUACCUAAACCCCGAGCAAACAAAAACACCUGGGCCUGGAGCUUACUAUCCUGAAUUUUCUGAAAUUCCAAAGCCACCAGCCGCAAAGCCGCAACCUUUUGGAUCUACCACACACCGCUUCGACAACACCGGCGAUAUCAGAAGCAAAAGUGCACCUGCACCUGGAAGUUAUGACGUAAAUGAGAUCGAUAGCAUGGCUCGCCGUAUCCAAAAACGUGCUAUUGGUGUCCGCGCUGGAGCGUUCGGUUCUGUAAGCGAGCGAUUUCCCGCUCCUAAAACGAGCGAAACGCCAGGUCCGGGUAGGUAUGACGCGAGCGUUCCACCAGCAGCAGACAUCCCAACAGAGGUUCCUGUACGAGCGCUAUCAACAGCGAAUGCGUCCAGUCGACCCCCAACACGCAUCUCACGCCUGAUGGGCCAAGGGCCUGGUCACUUCCAGGUUGGAAAUCUAUAUGUCAACCCGGCAAAGGCGCACAUUCCUGUUUUUGGAACGCAGACGGAACGGUUUGGGAAUGGUGCGCGGGCAGACCUACCGCCACCAGGCGCUUACGACGUUGCUGAAUCUUUUGAUGCCCUUCAAUCCAAACAUCGAACGCCAAAGACAGGGGGAAUGGUCAGCGGAAGCGUACGCGAGGUGUUCCCAGUUAAAGAGAGAAUUCCCGGACCAGGUGAAUAUGAGCCUCUAACCAUUCCUAAAAGAGAAAUGCGACGAACAGAUGUGGGUGGCUUUCUGACGACGGAUGAGCGGUUCAAAGAAGGCCAUAACAACAUCCCUGGCCCUGGAGCGUAUCUGUCACCAGAUGCAAACACUGGACUCCUGCGGAAAACAUACAACAUCACAUUGACGGAAUGGGGUAGACGGCAAGUGGCGGCAGCUGCAUCUCAUGGCGGAAUUCCCGUGGUUUGA